CCUGACGUCACAAAAAGUAGAUGAGAAGAAAUCCAGAGAUUUAGCAUGAAUUUCUUUGAAAAAAGAUAUGACAGACAAGUACGUUUUUGGGAGAAACAUGGACAAUGUUUGCUUGAAAAAUCCCGGGUUUGUUUGGUGGAAGGAACAGCAACAGGGAGCGAAAUCAUGAAAAAUCUUAUUUUGUCAGGUAAACUACUAAUAAGGGGAGGAUACACCAGGUUUUCAUUAUUAACGUAAGGAAUUGGAUCGUACGUUAUUGUUGAUGGCGGUUUUGUUGCGGAAGAAGACCUUGGAAGCAUGUUUUUUGUCGAUGAAGAUGGGGUAAAUGAAGCAAAAGCUCCUCAAAUAUGUAGGGAGUUACAGGAGCUAAAUGAGAAAGUAAAAGGGGAAUAUUUAGUAGAAGCAUUGGAAUCUAUUUUGAAACAUAAACCUAAUUUUUUUAAACAAUUUACUAUUGUAAUAAGUUCAAUACAGGAAGAAGAGAUGCUUUUAAGACUGGAAAAUGUUCUGUGGGAAUAUGAUAUUCCAUUGAUUAUUUCGUAUUCAGUGGGAUUUAUUGGAUAUCUUAGAAUUACUAUGCCAGAACACACGAUUAUAGAAACGCAUGAAGAAAAUCCUAUAGACUUAAGAAUAGACCAUCCAUGGGCGGCUCUUAAAGAAUUGGCAUCAAGUUUUAAUUUGAGAGAUAGAAAGAAUUGUUCAUAUAGACAAAUACCUUAUGUAUUAAUUCUAUUAAAUUGCCUUGAUAUAUGGAAGCUAAGGAAUAAUGGAAUGCUUCCAUGUACAGACGAAGAAAAGCAACAAUUUAAGGAGACAAUAAGGACCUAUAUGCAGGGGUUUGAUGAGGAAAGCAUUGAAGAAGUUCUUUCUGUUUCAUGGAGAGCUUCAUGUAUGACAUUGAUACCAGAUGAAAUUCAAUCUAUAUUAAAAGACGAAAAGUCUGUUAACAUAUCUUCUGAAAGUUCAGAAUUCUGGAUAUUAUGUCAUGCCAUUUCCAAUUAUGUAUCAGCUGAGGGAAAAGGCCUAUUACCUCUUUCUGGAGCAAUUCCAGAUAUGAAAUCAGAUUCAGAAAGCUAUAUAAAAUUACAAAACGUUUAUCGUCAAAAGGCACAAGAAGACUAUGAAUGUGUUCGAAAGUAUGUUCAAGAUAUACUUUUAUCAAUAUCCCAGCCAAUAUCAAAGAUUUCUGAUGAGAAAAUAAGAAUUUUUUGUAAACAAUGUAAAUACAUGAAAAUACUACGCUACCGUUCAUUGAAAGAAGAAUAUACAUAUCCAGAUUUGAAAUUGAUCGAAUCAUCUUUCUCAACACCAGAUGAUCUCAUAACAUGGUACAUUGCUCUUAGAAGUUACAACAAAUAUAAAAACAUUUUUGGAAAACAUGCAGGAGAACAACAAGCUACUUUAGAUGAAGAUACAGAUAAAUAUAUCCAAUUAACAGAACACUUCCUUUCAGAAUUUAAUUGUAAAAUGACAGACUUUCAGAUAAUGGCUUGUAAAGAAUUAGUAAGAGCAGGAGGAGGUGAACUACAUAAUAUUGCAUCUUUUAUAGGAGGGGUUGCAGCCCAGGAAGCAAUUAAGGAAUUCAAAAAAAUAUUAUUUACUUUUAAAAUAACAUAAAACAGAUCAUUAUUAAGCAAUUUAUCC